AUGUCAAGCGAGUCAACAACUUUCAUCGUGGAUGUGUCACCAUCAAUGAUGAAAAAUGAUAAUGUUUCCAAAUCUAUGGCGUAUCUAGAGUACACUUUAUUAAACAAAUCUAAAAAAAGUAGGAAAACAGAUUGGAUAAGCUGUUAUCUCGCUAAUUGUCCUGUAUCUGAAAAUUCCCAGGAAAUACCAAAUGUGUUCCAAAUACAGUCCUUUUUGGCUCCUGUUACCACAACGGCCACCAUUGGGUUUAUAAAACACCUGAAACAAUAUUGUGAUCAGCACAGUCAUGAUAGUCCAGUUGAAGGCUUGCAAUCAAUGAUUCAAUGCCUGUUGGUUGCCUCAUUAGACAUUAAACAACAAUUUCAAGCAAGAAAAAUUCUAAAACAAAUUGUUGUGUUUACAGAUAAUCUAGAUGAACUGGAUAUUACUGAUGAAGAAAUAGAUGUGCUAACGGAAGAAUUAAAAACAAGAAUCAUUUUGGUUGAUUGCGGCGAAAAUACGAGAGAUGAAAGAAAAAAAUCGAACUGGUUGAAGUUAGUCGAAGCGAUACCGAAUUCAAGAGUCUACAAUAUAAAUGAACUUCUUGUUGAAAUCACUUCCCCAGCAACAUCUGUCGUUAAGCCAAUAAGAGUAUUCUCAGGCGAGCUUAGAUUUGGAGCAGAUAUAUUAUCAACGCAAACGUCAAAUCCUAGCGGUAGCGUGCAAGAUGAAAAUUGCUUAUGCAUCAAAGUAGAGGCAUUUCCUGCUACGAAAGCAGUUUCAGGCUUAAAUAGGAAAACCGUUGUUGAGGUUGAAGAUUCCCAGAAGAAAGAAAGGUAUGUAGGAGUCAAAUCUAUAAUCGAAUAUGAAAUUCACAACGAAGGAAAUAAGAAAAAUGUCAAUGAAGACGACAAGUCCGAGUCCUCUUAUAUUCCUGUGACCAUCUCCAAGGACUCUGUAACGAAGGCAUACCGUUAUGGUGCAGAUUACGUUGUGCUACCGUCCAUUCUAGUCGACCAAACUGUAUAUGAAUCCUUUCCCGGGUUGGAUUUAAGAGGAUUUUUGGAUAGAGAAGCUCUUCCAAGGUACUUUUUGACGUCGGAAUCUUCCUUCAUUACCGCAGAUACAAGACUUGGUUGUCUAUCUGACUCCAUGGCCUUCAGUGCCCUAGUGGACGUUAUGCUAGAGAAUAGGAAAAUUGCCGUUGCAAGAUACGUGAGCAAGAAAGACAGUGAAGUGAAUAUGUGCGCAUUGUGUCCCGUUCUAAUUGGGCACAGUAACAUUAAUUCCGAGAAGAAAUUUGUUAAGAGCCUUACCUUGUGUAGAUUACCAUUUGCGGAAGACGAAAGGGUAACCGAUUUCCCAAAACUUUUGAAUAGAACAACUACAUCCGGAGCGCCGCUAAAAAAGGAAACAGACGGGCAUCAAAUCGAUGACCUUAUGGAACAAUUUGUAGAUUCAAUGGAUACAGAUGAGCUACCAGAGAUUCCAUUAGGCAACUACUAUCAACCCAUAGGUGAAGUAACGACAGACACCACUCUCCCACUUCCCUCUUUAAAUAAAGAACAAGAGGCAAACAAAAGGGAUCCUCUUAGGAUACCUACGGUUUUUAUCUACAGGCAACAACAGGUACUAUUGGAAUGGAUUCACCAGUUGAUGAUUAACGAUUCCAAGGAAUUUGAAAUCCCAGAGCUUCCAGAUUCAUUGAAGAACAAAAUAAGUCCUUAUAUGCACAAGAGAUUUGAUAGCGCAAAACUGGUUGAACUUCUUCAAAUCAAGAAAGUAGACAAAUUAAAACUCGCCUCUGAACUAAGAACUGAGCUCGAGAGAGAAAAAAUCCCAGACUUAGAAACCCUAUUAAGGCGCGGCGAACAACACAGUAAGGGGCCGAAACAUGAGUAG